GUCUCAGCACAAUAGCAGCCAGUGACAGUGGGCACAGCCCAAAGGUGCAGUAGCUGUGUCUCUUCCAGAGUCUGGGUGGGGCAGCCGAGGUGUGUCCUUGCGUUGAGUAACCGAGCCAGUAACAGUCUGUGCGUACUAACGCAGAACACAAGGUGCACGGACAGGAGCUUUCAUCUUUACUGGGGUUUUCUGCGGCCAAACAAACACAUCAUCUGUCACCUUCUUUCUGUCCACCGAGUCCGGCUUCCUGCUCCGGACAUUACAUUUAAGAAAUGGCUAAAGUUCUAUUAAUCACCUUGUGCGUAAUGUUGAUCCUUCCCCGUGUGGAGUCGUGUUUCAUCCCGAAGUACCUCUACGUGAAUGUGCCGCAAACUAUUCCGCCAGAAUACGAAAUCACCAAAGUCGACGUCUCAGACUGCGACAGAAGCACCGUGCGGAUCACUGUGACGGACCCGAGUUUCACGGUGAUGUCGAGCGGGGUGAUAGUGGCUUCCACGGCCGUGUACGUGGGAGGGAGCGAGCGGACAUUUUCUGUGCGGGCCCGGGACGACGCGGGGCCGGGAAGUGAGAUGGAAGUUCACCUUGUACCCAGCACUCUGUCAUGGAAACCGUCACCCAAGAAAAUCCAAGGCUUCCUGAAACGCUCCAAGAGAAGGUGGGCCCCCCCCCCCUUCAAUAUAUUGGAGAAUGACAAGGGGCCCUUUCCCAAAGUGAUAGAUAAGGUUGUGUCCGAUUCUGAAGCCCUACAAGACGUGUACUACACCAUCAGCGGACCCGGUUUCGAUAAGUACCCAGCUAACGUGUUCUCCCUUAACAGAGACACUGGGGUAUUGAGUGUGCACAAACCAGUUGAUCGUGAGAUGUUCCCAAAGUUUAUAUUGUUGAUCAGAGUUUUCAGCAAAAACACAAAUGUGGAGACAGACCGGCCCUUGAACAUCCAAGUAAUUGUGGACGAUGUGAAUGACAAUGCUCCGCAAUUCAUAUCCCCGCUGCAGUUCACUGUGCUCGAGCAAAGCAAAGCAGGGACAGUGGUGGGGAAGGUGAACGCUUCAGACAAAGACGAACCAGGCUCCAAACAUGUAAAGAUCAAGUAUUCUCUCAAGAAUGGAUUAGACCUGUUCGCCAUUAACUCAGAUACCGGUGUCAUCACCACAGUAACCAACACCCUGGACAGAGAGGUAAAAGACAAGCAUUUGGUGAAUGUGGAAAUCAGAGAUAUGGAGGGUGCAGUCAAUGGGCUGUUCAAUACGGCAACAGCAACAAUUACUGUGGGGGAUAUCAACGACAACCCGCCGACCUUCACAAAAGCCUCUUACACAACCACUGUCCAAGAAAAUGAAAACGAUAAACUCAUCCUUCGAAUUCCCGUCGAGGACAAGGAUGUAGUAGACACGCCGAACUGGAUUUCAAAAUUCGAAGUCACUAAAGGAAAUGAUAAUGGCAACUUCAGGAUCGACAGGGACCCCAAAACAAACGAUGGUCUUCUCUACGUCGUUAAGCCCUUAGACUUUGAGGAAACCCCAAAAGUAAAGCUGGAGAUCACGGCACGUAAUGAAGCUGAGCUGAGCGACCCCAAGCUACAGUGGAAGUCUAUCCCCGUGGACCUCACCGUCACCAAUAUCGACGAGGGCCCACUAUUCACAGCUCCUACCAUCCGCUUCAUCGUCAAAGAGAACACGCCAAACGGCACACGGAUAGGAAGCUACACGGCCGUGGAUCCCGAGACCAAGAGCAGCAGCGGCAUCAAGUACUACAAGGAAUCAGACCCAGCCGCCUGGAUCAAUGUGGAUAAAAAUACAGGAGAGCUGAAGGUUGCAAACACAAUCGACAGAGAGUCCAACUUUGUCCAGGAUGGAAUUUACAACAUCACCAUGAAGGCUGUUGAUGCUACCUCCAAAACAGGCACAGGAACAGUCAUCAUCCAGGUGGAGGACGUCAACGACAACAUGCCAACAGUCCCUGUCAGUGAGCUGAUAAUGUGCGAGAAGCCAGGCGAGCUGGGCUCGGUCCUGGUUGUGGCUGAAGACAACGACGCAGCUCCCUUUUCUUCCCCUUUCACCUUUAGUAUACCCACUGACAGCGAUGGCAGGUGGUCAGUGGUGAGAGAUAAUGCCACAGCAGCGAUGUUGAAGCAUAACAAAGAGCUUCCAACUGGGAAGUACAUUGUUGCAGUGGACAUUACAGAUCUGCAGGGCUUUGGUAAAACACAGAUGGUGCCAGUCAGGAUCUGCGAGUGCAGGGGCGGAGUCUGCUUGGACCAGGACAGAUCGUCAUCAUUAGGGAGCAUGGCUCUUCUGGCAAUGCUGUUACCUCUGGCCCUCCUCCUACUGCUCUGUUUACUCCUCGGCUUAUUCUGUUUGACGGAGAGAGAGAAGUGGGUGAUGGAAGAUAUAGGAGACAGCGGUGGAAUCAUACUCAAAUCAAACACCGAGGGCCGAGGGGAGGAAGUGGAUGUCAGUCUCAUCCCUGUCACCAGCUUUGCAGGCGACGAAGCAGCAAAGGGCUCAGUUAAGGGUUUGAAUGCAGGAUACCCGGGAUUAAAGAGCAUGAGCACACUCGGACCUCAUAGCACACUCGGAGCUUAUAGCACGACCGACAACUGGAUGCACAAGUCUGGACCUGACUUGCAAUACACAACCCAGUACGAUGCCCAGUACGAUGGCCAGUACGGCGGCAACUAUGAAGGCCAGCUAGUUGGAAGUGGCGUGAACUUCGACAACGGACAACUUCAGCAGGGAUCAUCUUUUCUCCACAACUGGGAAGCAAACGGCAUCUAUCUACACGGGAAACUGCAGUACCUGGGAACAGAGGAGGAUGGACGCUACGCGGAUGACAUCGGCCACUCCUACGGUUUCGAGGGCGUGGGCUCCGCAGCCGGCUCUGUGGGCUGCUGCAGCGACUUUGGCGACGGCGAUAACCUCGACUUCCUAAACGCGCUCGGACCGAAGUUCAAAACUCUCGCAGACGUCUGUCAAAAGACAUGAACAAUUGAGCUGAAAUAAUGGUGUUUACUUUUCACCGUACAGCAAGUAGAGCGAGGCCUGGGAUCUGAGUGCUCGAUAACGCCCCUGAACAUGAAUGGAAAAAAAGAACAAACAUCAGUGUGUGUACGCCCUGCUCUGCCAUUGCUUUUUGUUUUCUUAGCUUUUUCUUAGCUGUUAUUUUGGUAAGUCUUUUGCACUGAGAACUAUGAUGUACAUAAUCUGUAUGUACUGUAUUAACAUGUCGCUUGGCUUUACAGGUCAUGAAGUUUGUUGUUGAUAUACAUGCAGUGAAGGGCUGUGGGGUUUUAUAAUUAAUUCAUAACAAAUGUGGUUAUUUUGGUUUUUAUUCAUUAAUGCUGUUAAUGGUAAAUUAUACAGUUUUGCAUUUGUGUGGCUGCUUGUUCGCUAAAUAGGCUGGAUAGUUUUGAUAUAUUUUUUAAAGAAAAAUAAAUAACUAAAUGAAAUAAGACAAUGCACUUUUUAAUAUUUAAGGUGCAAAAAAAUAUUUCUAAUUUACAUUCCUGUCACAUUUAUAAUUGACACACAAUUAAUGUUUACUGACUUCCAAUGGUUUUUGGAAGACAGUACAGAUCUGGCGCCUUGUCGUCCUCCGUGGUGGAGAACUGGGCGUAGGUUCGGGCUUGGCUGUGCCUGAGGUUAUUGCAACAUUCUGUCAGUAAUCCCGCAAAAGUCAGCACAAGGGCGUGAAGGGGUGGAGUGAGGCGUCAACAACAUCGCCUGCAACUGUCUGUGUACAAGGCGGAAAGAAAGCUAACCAGUUCAGACAAAUGUUGAUCUGAUAAGAGUGAUUUGACAUUCCCCUGCGCUCAUACGUGUGUGUGUGUGCGUGCGUGCGUGUGUGCGCGCGUGUGUAUGUAUGUGUGCAUUCAGCUGUUAAAUCUGUAAUCAUGUAGUGCCAUUAAAGAAUGUGUCUCUUG